UCGCUUCGCCAUCGUCACCUUGAAGAGUUUCGGAAUGGGCAAGCGCGGUGCUGAGGAGCGAGUCCGCGAGGAAGCCCAGCAUCUGAUCCAACAGCUCUAUCAGACCCACGGGCAGCCCUUCGACCCCACUUUCCUGCUGAGCUGCGCUGGCUCCAACAUCAUCUGCUGGCUGGUUUUCGGGGAACGCUUCGAGUACGGGGACGAGCGGUUCCUCGCCCUCAUGGGGCUCAUCAAUGCCAACUGGAAGCUGAUGAGCUCAACUUGGGGGCAGCUGCUCUUCAUCUUCCCCAACAUCAUGCGGUUUGUGCCGGGGCCGCACCAGCGGAUCUACGCCAACUACCUGCGGCUGGCCGAAUUUGUGGGGGAGCGGGUGCGGAGGAACCGGCAGACGUUGGACCCCCAAAAUCCCCGGGAUUUCAUUGACUGCUUCCUCCUGAAGAUGCAGCAGGUACCCGCCUCAUCCCUGGCGUGCCAAACUUCCCCGCGGGGUGCCAAAACCAGCAUCGGCACUGGCGUGCGACUAGGGGGGGCCCUUCUCCCCCUCCCUCGGCAGGAGAAGGGGAACCCCGACACCCACUUCACCGAGGACACGCUCUCCAAGACCACCGUCAACCUUUUCUUUGCGGGGACCGAGACCGUCAGCUCCACCCUCAAAUAUGGGCUCCGGAUCCUGCUCCGGCACCCCGAGGUGGAAGCCCGGCUCCACGAGGAGAUCGACCGCGUGAUCGGCCGCCACCGCAGCCCCUGCAUGGAGGACCGGAGCCGCAUGCCCUACGUCGACGCCGUCAUCCACGAGAUCCAGCGUUUUGCUGACAUCGUGCCCAUGGGGGUGCCCCACACCACCACGCGGGACAUCCAGCUCCGGGGCUACGCCAUCCCCAAGGGCAUGAACGUCAUCCCGCUGCUCUGCACAUCCCAGUUUGACCCCAGCCGGUUUGCCAACCCCCAGACCUUCGACCCCGGGCACUUUUUGGACGAGAACGGACGCUUCAAACGUAAUGACGCCUUCAUGGCCUUCUCCGCAGGGAAGCGCGUGUGCUUGGGCGAAGGCCUGGCCGUGAUGGAGCUCUUCAUCUUCCUCACCAGUAUCCUCCAGCAUUUCCAGCUGAAGGCGGAGGAGGACCAGGCCACCAUCGACAUCACCCCCGAAUCCAGCGGGUUGGGGAACAUCCCCCGACCCUAUCGCCUCUCCCUCAUCCCCCGUUGAAACCCCCCCGCCAAGUAAAGCCACCUUGCUCUCCCCCA